GUUUCGUGGGCGUGCUGCUGCAUGGUGGAUGCAGCUAACGAGCGUGCGGCAUCGUCAAGGGAAAGCACCGAUUUCUUCCUGGGUCAAAUUCCGGGAAUGUGUAGAGCGUGAGUUCUUGCUGUUCAACUAUGACAGCCUCAUUUACCAACAACUUCAGAAUUUGAGGCAGGGGUCGCGUUCGGUGGACGAUUAUACUGAUGAUUUCUAUCGCCUUUUGACUCGUGUGGAGUUGCGGGAAACUAAAAAUCAGUUGAUUGCUCGUUAUGUGGGAGGUUUACGCGUGGCCAUUCAGGACAUGCUUAAUUUUGUUCGACCGGAGUCAUUAUCAGACGCGCACCAACGAGCAAGGCUCGCCGAGCAACAACUAGCCCGGAGAGCUGGCCCGACAUUUUCAACACCCACGCGUUCAGGCCCGGGCGGUAGUGGCGUGUUGCAGCCCGGUCGGGCGGGUACAUCGGCGGGUACCGGAGCGGUACCGCUCGUCACAGGCCGUCCCCAGGUACCAGCCGGCGGUCAGGCGCGGACAGGUGGCGCAGGAGCUCCGCCGGCAGCUGCGGGGCAGCGAGUUGGGACGGGCAUGCGUUGUUUUGGCUGCGGGGAGGCGGGUCAUCGUCUGGCGGAGUGCCCUCGCGGCUCGGGCUCUCGUGGAUUGUUCAUUGACGAUGGCAGUGAGAUGGGUGUGCCUGGAGAGUAUGACGGACUACCAGUUUAUGAUGAGGAGUCGGGCGUGCCUGAAGAGCAUCAUAUGGGGGAUGUUGGGACAGCCCUCGUGAUCCGUCACUCGUGUUUGACACCACGUUCGACUGGUGAUGAGACGAAGGAGCGACACCAUAUUUUCGAGUCCACAUGCACUAUCGGUGACAAGGUGUGUCGCUUUAUCAUCGACUCGGGCUCCUGUGAGAACGUGGUUGCACAAGAGGCCGUUGACAAAUUACGGCUUUCCAGCGAACCUCAUCCCCAGCCCUACACGUUAGCUUGGAUCCAGCGGGGCAACGCGAUUAUG